ACUGCAUUUACAGUUUCAUAGUGUAUCGAACAUGGCCUCCCCACAUCCACUUUUUUACAUGUACAAAAACAUGAUAUCUGCAUAAUUCUUAUCCCCCUUCCCUUCACUUCUUCCUCCUUAAUUUUGAGGUUUGAUAAUUCAUUAUCAAAGUUAGUUUCAUCCAUACAUCAUGGCUUCCUUUGCUUCGAGGUAUUUGCGAUCAAUUUCUUGCUACAAUCAUUUGUGUGGAACGAAACGUGGGUUUGUUUCCUCAACCAUCCCCAAGUCUGCAUCCGCCACCAAGACCGACAUGAAUACUACCACAGCCAAGCUUAAAUCAAGAGCCGAUCUUUUCCCGAUAUAUAUAUUGCUUGGAUUCACGGGUGGAGCUGUGUUUCUUGCAGUGAGGAGCGUUACAAUGCAGCUGUUUCAUCACCCCGGAGUGCAGGUAAACAAGACCAAUAGAAGCAUGAUGCCAGAGGUCGAUAGUCCAGACUCAGCCCUCGCCUCUGGAGACAAAUUCAUCAGCAAAUCAGUCCUCCGAAAAGUGGCUCACAUUCAGAAACGUGAUGACGCGGUGCCCAUGGAUGGCACUGCCAAUAUUUACUCAACCCGGUUCGCUUGCAUUGCGAUUAAUUCUUCACUUCAUAUUCAUCCGUUCUUGGUUGUUUUUUUAUAG